AUGAACUCCGAAAAGGCCAAGAUGAUCCGAGGGGAGCUGUACAUCGCGGUUGAUCCGACUCUGGCGGAGGACCGGCGCGCUGCUCGCGAAUUGACCAAGCAGUUCAACGACAUGACGCAGGCCGAGAGCCCAGAAGCCAAGGCAGUGAUGAAGCGCCUCCUCGGCUCAAUGGGCAAGGACUGCCUCAUCGAGAUGCCCUUCCGCUGCGACUACGGCUACAACAUCAGCGUGGGCGACAACUUCUACAUGAACUUCAACUGCGUCUUCCUGGACGGGUGUCCGAUCACGAUCGGCAACCGGGUGAUGCUCGCCCCGAACGUGCAGCUUUACACUGCCAGCCACGCGCUCGACCCCGAGGUCCGAUCGUCCGGACUAGAGAUCGGCAAACCCAUUACGAUCGCGGACGAUGUUUGGGUCGGGGGCAACGUGACAGUUGUGCCCGGUGUCACCAUUGGCCGUGGGGCAGUGAUCGGAGCCGGAAGUGUCGUCACGAAGGACGUGCCUCCCAUGUGCGUCUACGCUGGCAACCCGGCCAAGUUCGUCAAGAAGAUUGAGCCCAAAGAGAAGAAAGAACGCGCUUGGGGAAAACACGGACUCAAAAAGUUGAAAUCAUACAAACUUCACCUUAUACAGCGUUAA